AUGUCGUCCUCACCGCAGCCUCAGCCUGCAGCUGACUCUGGAAAGCCUCAACCAACCCCCUUAUCUCUGGACAAUGGAAAUGAGAAUGCCCCUCCAGCUUCUCAUAAUCCGGCCUCUCGUCACGAUUCUUUAACCAUAAGAAGCUGCGUCACCUGCCGUCGAAGGAAGGUCCGCUGCAACAAAAGAUCUCCCUGCUCUAACUGCGUCAGGGCAGGGGUCGAGUGUAUCUUUCCUCCUCCAGGCCGAGCCCCGCGCAGGUUGAAACGGCCUCCUGCUGAAAACGCAGAGCUGCUGUCGCGGCUGCGACAGCUUGAGAAUAUAGUUGAGACAGCUAUUGCAAAUACCAACACUCAGCCGUUUCCGCUUCAGCGGCAUAGUGAUCGCUCGAGCGGCGAGCUGCCUGAGCCUUCUCAGCCUGCUCAGAAUGAGUCCGAGCCCGAGGUCCAGCGAUGUCCAGUAAGCGGACUCCCGACUCAACAGCCUCCCUUGGAGCACGAGUUUGGAAGACUCGUUAUCGAAGAUAAUCGGAGCCGGUACGUGAGUAAUCGGUUUUGGGCAAGUCUCGGGGACGAGGUUGGUUUUAUCUCAGCUGUCUUUUGUAUGUUUAUCGAAGAACUGCAGGAUAUUCUUGACCAUUCAUCCUCCGACGGCGAUGAUUAUACCUCUCCCGAACACCCUAGUUACUCUACAAUGCAUGACGGAAUGCUUUUUGGAUUUUAUUCUCUUGCACAUUCCCUCGAGAAUUUCCAUCCGCCUCCCAGCAAGGUUCCAGCCCUAUGGGACAUUUAUGCUGAGAAUGUCAAGCCGUUAUUGCCUGUGGUCUAUGGGCCAGCGGCCCAGCGGGUCUUCGCUGUUGCUGCCGGAACUCCGGAAACUCUCGACAAGAAUAACGAGGCGUUGGUGCUUGCUAUGUAUUUUGCGGCCAUCGUCAGCAUGUCGGCUGAGCAGUGCAUGAUUCGGUUAGGGGAAGCCCGUGACACCUUGGUUAGCCGUUAUCGGUUUGCUGUGGAGCAAGCACUUUCUAAAGCCGGCCUUAUGAACACCCAAAGCUUGACCCUGAUGCAGGCUGCGGUGAUCUUUCUAAAUGCUGUCCGUCGAGAUGACGAUACUAAAUUUGUCUGGUCCAUGUCUGCUCUUGUACUUCGUCUAGCGCAAGGACUCGGCUUGCAUCGGGAUGGCAACAACUUCGACCUGAAGCCAUUCGAAGCCGAGAUGCGCCGCAGGCUAUGGUGGCAUGUCAUUCUACUUGACCUUCGAUCAUCUGAGGAUCAUGGGACGGACGUUCAAAUUCAUGACCAGAUGUUUGACACUAGACUCCCCUUGAAUAUCAACGACGCAGACCUUUCUCCCGACGCGAAAGAGCCGCCCAAACCAAGAGUUGGGUUUACCGACAUGACUUUCUUCCUCAUCCGGUGCGAUAUCUGCUACGCCCUUCGGCGAGUGGCAUAUACAUGCCCUAAUACCAGUGGUGCAAUUUCCGGACCCACUCCAGAUAACUGCCCAAAUGUAAUACAAACUGUGAAUAUGCACAUUGAAGAGCAAUACCUGAAGCACUGCGACAUGUCAGAUCCAAUCCAGUGGAUUAGUGCGACUGUUGCACGCCUAGUUCUCACGAAGAUGUGGCUGGUGAUACACCAUCCAAUAACGCGCUCUGGCCUCGACUCGCAGGUAAGCCAGGAGUCUCGAGAAAGCUUGUUUAUUACCUCCAUCGAGGUUACCGAGUUCGCGCGCCUAAUCAAAGAAGACAAGAACACCCAGAAAUGGAGCUGGAUGUUUGAUGCUCACAUGCAAUGGCAUGCUAUCGCAAUGGUACUAUCUGAACUUUGCGUGCGUCCGUUGAGUCCUUUAACAGAUCGCGCAUGGGUAGCGGUGACGACUGUGUAUGAUGGCUGGUUCCAAACUGCGAAGCAGCGAAAGGGCAUGCUUUGGCGGCCGCUCGCCAAGCUGAUGAAACGUGCAGGAGCUCUAAGAAAGAGGCAACUAGCGGAGAUUGAAAACCAGCAUAUUUCCGCGCAGCACACCAUGCCUAACUUAGCAGAGCCAGAACGACCUUCCAUAGGCUCACCUUUCUCAUCUCACUUCCCAGAACAUUCAAGAUUGGUUGCUGCGGCACCACCGAUGGAUUUGAACUCCUCUCAGCUCCAGAGUCCGCUGGACUUCAAUAUGAGCCAAGGCCCGAUGGGUGUCCUCAGUUCAUUCUUUCCUGACGGGAAUUUUUUCACCACUCCUGAAGGCCUCAGCUCAAAAACACAAACACCAGUGAACCCGAAUAGCACAACAUCCCUGCCUAAUGAACCAGCAAAUAGAACCCUGCAAGAUUGCCCCAACCCAGGCACUAACUACCAGGAGUGGGAUCAAGUACUUCGGGAUUUUCAGUCAGACAUGCAGGAGAUGCAGGGCAGCCCCUUGGCGGACAUCACCAGAUGGGUGACUUGA